AUGACCGUCACUUACGACCACUCCUCGUUACGGAGUGCCGCUCCUACCUCAAUGGCCACCCUCGAAGACCGCUUUGAGGUGCUCAAGGAGGUCGGAGAUGGUAGCUUCGGCAGCGUCGCUGUUGCACGGGUACGAACCGCCGGUUCCAACAUUGCACGGAGAGGAACCAUGGUCGCGAUCAAGACGAUGAAAAAGACAUUCGACUCCUUGACUCCGUGCUUAGAGCUACGUGAAGUGAUCUUCCUCCGAACCCUCCCUAUCCAUCCUCACCUUGUACCCGCCCUCGACAUCUUUCUUGAUCCGCUCUCCCGCAAACUACACAUCUGUAUGGAAUAUAUGGAUGGCAAUCUUUACCAAUUGAUGAAAUCUCGCGACCUCAAACCCCUGGAUGGGAAGCACGUCAAGAGCAUUUUGUAUCAGAUCCUGUCAGGUCUCGAUCACAUCCAUGCCCAUCACUUUUUCCACCGGGAUAUCAAGCCCGAGAACAUCCUUGUCUCUUCCUCCGCUCCGAAUGAUUCCACCUUCAGCCGUUAUUCCAAUCUUGUGACCCCUCCUUCCACUCCUCCAACAUACACCGUCAAGAUCGCCGACUUUGGUCUUGCUAGAGAAACCCACUCGAAACUGCCAUACACCACCUAUGUCUCUACGAGAUGGUACCGUGCGCCCGAGGUUCUUCUGCGUGCAGGAGAGUAUUCGGCGCCGGUCGACAUGUGGGCUGUUGGUGCCAUGGCGGUUGAGAUCGCUACGCUGAAGCCGCUCUUCCCUGGUGGUAAUGAAGUGGAUCAGGUCUGGCGUGUCUGCGAAAUCAUGGGUAGCCCAGGUAACUGGUACAGCAAGUCUGGUACCAAACUGGGUGGUGGUGAAUGGCGAGACGGCUCUCGCCUUGCCCAGAAGCUUGGCUUCACUUUCCCCAAGAUGGCCCCCCAUUCGAUGGAGAGCAUCCUUCAGCAACCGCAGUGGCCGGCGGCCCUCAGCCAAUUUGUCACGUGGUGUCUGAUGUGGGAUCCGAAGCACCGUCCCACGUCCACUCAGGCGUUGAACCAUGAGUAUUUCGCCGACGCGCUCGACCCUCUGCGGCCAAAGUCAUCGACUGCCCGCUUGCUCGGUCGGAAACAUUCGGAUAAGAGCUUCAAAACCCCCAGCCGGGAAACGGAUUCCCCUACUCUUUCGACUAAAUCCUCCUGGUUCAGGAGAUCGCUUAUUGGACGGUCGGAAAGUCCCGCUCCCAUGGUGGACGACGAGCCGUCAAAGCAGCCAGUUGUGUCCUACAGCACCACGCCCGAGCUCCAAACUAAGAGCAAGCCGGCGCCGAGCAAGCGCGCAACGUGGGCCAAUGGAGCCCCGAUGCCCAUCUUGCCCUCGAUUCGGCCCGUGUCUCCGUUGUCUAAUGCCGUCACGGCACAGGCCAACUCUUCCCUCGCCCAUAUGAACGACGCAGGUAAAUACAGCAAGAAGAUCGGGCGUCAGCUCUCCGUCAACUCGCACGGCAAUCACUACGCCGAUGUCCACCGACAAGAAGCAGAGCGGGCGCUCAACGGAAACGGGAUCGGUAACCAUGCGGGCAUCACCCCUAAGGAAAGCUUCUUCUCGCAUCUACGCAAGCGUGCUCGCAGGCUAUCCGGGCGUAACCAAGGCAAUGUGGCCAGCGAUGACGUCGAAGCCAAUGCCGGCUGUAUGCCAUGGUCAAACCGUUCUUCGCUCGCUCUGGACUCGGUCAAUGUCAAUGAGUCCAGGCAAAACACGGACUUGAACGAGCUGGACAAAGCUUUGCAGGGUGUCAAAUACUCUCUGGAUUCGACUGCCAAGGGCAACGUUCCCGUUCACCUUACGUCGUCGAUGGAAGGUAGCAAGCGUCAGUCGAUGCCGCAAGGCUCCAUUCGGUCCAUGGGAGACAGCCCUGUUUCCACGAGUGGUAAUCCUGGACCCAUCUCGAGUCGGACUCGACGUGCCUUGCAGAUGUCAACCCACCCUGUCCACCGCUACGAGACCCCCGAGGAAGAGGAUGAGCUCUUGGACGAGGUGCUUCAUUCGGCAAGCACGGCCGCUAAGCGUCUAGGGCAAACGCAAGCCUCUGAUGCGUCUUCCAAUUAUAGUCGUCCAGCUGUGGGAAUUGACAACUCGCGUCCUCUACCAAGCCCUUACCCGACUCCUUCGCCAUCCGCUAAGUGUGAUGAGGUGGCCUUUGGUCAUGCUGAAGCCACACCCUGCAGGCGGUUAGGGGUUCCUGAUAACAAGACCGACCAUGCAAGCUCGACUCGUCAGUGGCCCACUCCACCUUAUGAGGAGGACAAUUGGGCCAGCCCGUCUGCGAACUUCAUGACUGGAUCCGCAUACAGGUAG